CUACAGCAACGCCGCCGUGGCGCUUUGUAUGCGAGAUGUCAAUGCUUUUUCACCAAGGACUUGGACCGUCUUGAGUGCUAUUGGAAUGUACAACGGGCCGACGGUACCGUUGACCAAGUCUAAAGAUAUCCACGUGAACGAAAGGGCAAGCCUGUACCAAGCCUGCUGAAAGAGGUACAGAUAAUUGGACGGGUCUUUUCCGCGGCGCUCAUCUUCAUGGCUUCCUAUAAAAGCCUUAGGUAGUCCACCGUACGAAUCAUCACCACCUCGAGUCACUCCCAAGCCUCUCGUUUCAUCAUGGUGCAACUCACACAAUUCGUUUUGGCAACUGCCGCCCUCGCUGGUGCUGCGUCCGCAGCUCCCAAACCACCCCCAGGCCCCAACGUUAACCCUUGGACUGGCAAAGACCGCUACGUUGUUCAGAGCUACGGCAAGAAGCUCGACCAGACUAUUGCCGCCUUCACGGCCCAGAACGACACCCUCAAUGCGGCGCGCACUCGCACAGUCGCCCAAAAGAUCUCGACUUUCACUUGGGUCACCACACGCGAUGGUCUCAGCCUCAUUCCUCAAGCCAUCAAGGAGGCUCGCCAACAGAGGAAGGGCCCAAAGAAAAUGAUCGUUGGACUAGUUCUGUACAACUUGCCCGACCGUGAUUGCUCUGCUGGCGAGUCUGCCGGUGAGCUCAGCUCCGCGAACAACGGCCUCCAGAUCUACAAGAAAGAGUUUGUCGACAAGUACGCCAAGCUUGUUUCUGAGGCCAGGGAUCUCGACUUUGCCAUCGUUCUCGAGCCUGACAGUCUGGGUAACGCCGUCACUAACCAGGGCGUUCCUUUCUGCGCCAACGCCACUCCAAUCUACGAGGAGGGUAUUGCGUACGCGAUCUCCAAGUUGCAGUUCCCCAACGUACAUCUGUACAUUGACGCUGCGCACGGCGGCUGGCUCGGUUGGGCGGACAAUUUGAAGCCAACUGCUGAGGUCUUCGGCAGGGUUGUUGCGAUGGCGAAGAAGCUCAACCCUAUGGCUAAGAUCCGGGGUUUCUCCACGAAUGUAUCCAACUACAACUCCUUCCAAGCUAAGGUCCGUGAGAACUACACCGAGUACUCGCCAUCUUGGGAUGAGAGCCACUACGCCACAUCGCUCUCUCCCUACCUCGAGGCUGAGGGUCUGCCUUCCCACUUCAUCAUCGAUCAGGGCCGCGUCGCUCUUCCUGGUGCUCGUGAGGAGUGGGGUGAGUGGUGCAACGUCGAACCUGCUGGAUUCGGUCCUCUACCCGGCUCCAAGCAGAACAACACCAACGUCGACUCUUUGGUCUGGAUCAAGCCUGGUGGCGAGAGUGAUGGAAAGUGCGGUCUUGCUGGCGCGCCGGCUGCUGGUGCUUGGUUCGACGAGUACGUGCAGAUGCUGGUCAAGAACGCUGACCCGCCUCUGGAGCCAACCUACAUGAAGAAGCCCAACGGCCCCAAGGCCUAGAUGUGGUGAAGUUGACCGAGUGUAAAGUACGCGGUUUCCGUUUAAUGUACAUAUUAG